CCAAUUCCAUCAGAAACUGCCAGGAAUAACGAAGGAAAACCUCCCAAAGGUUAAAGAAUCCUAUAUAUAUUGUUGGUUCCUCUACCUUUCUUUCUCAUCGUUAAUUCCAAUUGUCGAUUUCACGGUUUUUUUCUUGUCAAACGUCGAACCCUUUCUGUGUUUUUCUUCUUCUGUGAAUUUGAUUUCGAUCCUUGAAGAAUGGAAACCUUCUCAUCCUUUUUCCAGUCUCAAUCCACCUCUCGCAGUGGUUGGAGCUACGAAUCUUUGAAGAAUUUCAGGCAGAUCUCUCCAGUCGUUCAGAAUCAUCUCAAACAGGUUUAUCUUGCACUGGGAUGUGCUCUUGUAGCUUCGGCUGUAGGAGUUUAUCUGCAUCUUUUAUGGAACAUUGGUGGCUUCCUAACUACUUUGGCAUGCUUAGGAAGCAUUUUAUGGCUACUUUCUACACCACCAUAUGAAGAGAGGAAGAGAGUAACUCUCUUAAUGGCAGCGGCCCUUUUUGAAGGAGCUUCCGUGGGUCCUCUGAUUGACUUGGCUAUAGAAAUUGAUCCAAGCAUCCUGAUUAGCUGUUUUGUGGGGACUGCGAUUGCCUUUGGGUGUUUCUCUGCGGCGGCGAUGUUGGCAAAGCGUAGAGAGUAUCUUUACUUGGGAGGCUUGUUGUCCUCCGGCCUCUCUAUCCUCUUUUGGUUGCACUUUGCAUCCUCUAUCUUUGGGGGCUCCACAGCACUCUUUCAGUUUGAGUUAUAUUUCGGGUUGUUGCUCUUUGUUGGGUACAUUGUGGUGGACACACAAGAAAUAAUUGAGAGGGCACACCUUGGGGAACUUGACUAUGUGAAGCACUCCUUGACGCUUUUCACUGAUUUUGCUGCGGUCUUCGUCCGAAUUCUCAUAAUCAUGAUAAAGAAUGCAGCUGAAAAGGACGAGAAGAAGAGGAAGCGAAGGAGUUGAAAACCAACCCCAAGUUCAGCACUUAGAAGGGACUGAU